AUGAAACGGUCAUUAAUCACGUUAUUGGUUUGCUGGUCGAAUUAUUUGCUUGUGUUGGCGCAAGACUAUAAGCCAGGCGGCUCUGUGCCAUCGGCCGCAGAUAAACUCUCAGAAGCCGUUGAAGGAACAAGUGUGAGCGAAACGCGCGGCUAUUAUCGACGAGAACAUUCACUUGUGAGGCCAUAUCAAGGUGCUGGCAUGAUUAUUCCGUAUUGGGAUAUCGUCGGCUCAACGAUGAUCACCGAUCAAUACAUUCGUUUGACACCUGAUCAACAAAGUCGACAAGGGGGUCUUUGGAAUUCAAUGCCGGUGUGGUCUCAUGACUGGGAAUUGCACGUAAAUUUCAAAGUGCAUGGUUCGACUAGAGAUUUGUUCGGUGAUGGCUUGGCGAUCUGGUAUGUGCAAGAUCGUUUGACACUCGGUAAUGUGUUCGGCUCGAAAGAUCAAUUCCGAGGCUUGGCGAUUUUUCUGGAUACGUACAGCAACCAUAAUGGACCUCAUUCGCACAGUCAUCCGUAUAUCUCAGCGAUGGUGAAUAAUGGUAGUCUUCAUUAUGAUCACGAUAUGGAUGGUACUCAUACACAACUGGGCGGUGAACAUGUGGGAUGCGAAAGAAAAUUUCGGAAUAAAGAUGAAGACACUCAAGUGUUAGUGCGUUAUGUUGGUGAGACGCUUUCGGUAUUCACUGAUAUCUCUGGUGCGGGUGUUUGGAAACAAUGUAUGAGCGUAAAUGGUGUGCAUUUACCAACUGGUUAUUAUUUUGGUAUGUCGGCGGCCACAGGCGAUCUUUCUGAUAAUCACGAUAUAUUGAUGGUGAAAAUGUACGAACAAGAGUUUGCGCGUGUCGAAAAAGAGGGCGAUGUAAAUCGCCGAAAUAUUGAGCCGGCUGCAGAAUACGCCGCAUCACCAAGGGAUCACAUUGAUGCACCGCGUCCCUCGAAACUGGGCUGGUUCGGUACAAUAAUUCUACUCAUAAUUGGUAUUGUUGUAGUGGUGGCCGUGCUUGGCUUCGGUAUUGUUUUCUUGCAAAAGCGUCAAGAACGUACGAGAAAACGGUUUUAUUAA